GGUUGGGGAGGAGCAGGUUUUUUCCCCGUCUCCCAUGAGGUGAUUCACGGAGACACUUCAGACUUUGUGGACCUCUUGCUCGGCCCCUGCGUAGAUACCUCGAGGGGGGGCCACCGGACCCAAGGGGGUGCCUUGGGAGUGGUCUGCUGCAUGUGAUGAAAGUGUCUGCUCUCAGGGAAGGCACAGCCAUGGCUUCCCCACCGCCCCGGGAGACGGAGGAGGAGCUGGGAUCUGCUGGCUCUGAGCCAGGUGACCCUCGAGCCAAACCCCCUGUCAAGCCCAAACCCCGGGCCCUGCCCGCCAAGCCAGCCCUGCCCGCCAAGCCCAGCCUGCUGGUGCCUGUUGGGCCUCGGCCCCCCCGGGGUCCUCUGGCUGAACUGCCUUCUGCCCGGAAGAUGAACAUGCUGGCGGGCCCCCAGCCCUAUGGUGGCAGCAAGCGUCCCCUUCCCUUUGGACCCAGACCUACGGCUGAGGCCUCUACUGGAGGGGAGGCCACCCGGGAGCCCGGGAAAGAAGAGCCUGCUAAAGAAGAGAUGCCCCCCUUGACGCCACCGGCUCGAUGUGCGGCCCCAGCGGGUGUGCGCAAGGCGCCUGCCCCCUUCCGUCCAGCCUCAGAGCGCUUUGCGGCCACCACCGUGGAGGAGAUCCUGGCCAAGAUGGAACAGCCGAGGAAGGAGGUCCCGGCCAGCCCCGACCGCCUCUGGGGUUCCCGCCUCACCUUUAACCAAGACGGCAGCUCAAGAUACGGCUCCAGGACGUAUGGUGUGGCCCCAGGUCCCAGGGAGGCGGAUGGCAGGACCCUCUCUAGGGAACAGUCCCAGGAGGGGCCAGCAAAGCCUCCCGCUGAGUGCCCCGGAGAGCCCAGCAAGACCCCUGAGGAAAGGAACUCCCCUUCAGACCUGGCCUUCAAUGGGGACCUGGCUGCGCCAGCCAGCUCUGAGCCACCUACUGACGUUUCCAAGCCUCUGGUCCCCUUAAGUCCAGGCCCCACCUUGGAGAAUGGAGACUCUGCCGCCCCAGCCUUCGGCCCGGAAGCCUCAGGCCCAGCCCUCACGUCUCCCCACCUUUACUCACCUGAUAAGAGUUCUCCUCACCACUCACAGCUUCCAGAACCCCAGAGCCCUGGGGUUCCCGGGGCUUCUCCCUGCCUCCCCAAGACUCCAGCAUCCCCAACCAUGGCCCCGCCUGAUGAGGGCUCCUGCCACCUACCUAGUCUGGGGCUCCCUGUUGUGGAACCCCCAGAGGCCCCCAGACCUGGCAGCCCUCUCCUUCCGGAGGUCUUGGGGCACCACAGCUCAGAGCAGCCCCCAGCCGCCUCGCCCCAGCCCCUGACAGAGGGUGGAGAGUUGCUGAACCUCCCUCGGACGUUUCCAUCUGGGGAAGUGGCGGCCACUGGUGAUGCGGCUGUCCGUCCAGUCACCCUGGCUCAUCGCCGAUUUUCCGAAGGUGUGCUCCGGCCCCCUGGCCAAGACCAGGAGAAGCUGGGGGGCUCGCUGGCUGCCCUGCCCCAGACCCAGGGGAGCCAGUCGGCCCUGGACCGUCCCUUUGGGAGUGGGACCGAGUCCAACUGGAGCUUGUCACAGUCCUUUGAGUGGACCUUCCCAACACGACCCUCAGGUCUGGGGGUGUGGCGGCUGGACUCCCCGCCCCCUUCCCCUAUCACUGAAGCCUCUGAGGCCGCUGAGGCUGCGGCUGCAUCUGCAGCUGUGGCUGUGGAUGCUGUGGAGGCUGACAACUGGGGUGGGUCCAGCAGGGAGGAGGGAUUGUACCUGCAAGGUCCAGGGGCUCUAGCAGCUCCAGAGGGGCCAGGGGCGCCAGCAGCUCCAGAGGGGCCAGGGGCGCCAGCAGCUCCAGAGGGGCCAGGGGCGCCAGCAGCUCCAGAGGGGCCAGGGAUGCCAGUAGCUCCAGAGGGGCCAGGGGCACAAGCAGCUCCAGAGGGGCCAGGGGCACAAGCAGCUCCAGAGGGCCCAGGAAGGCCUGGUUCUUGGGCGCAGGUAGAUGAUCUGGGCAUCUCCUCAACUCAAAAGGGCGAUGAGGAGAGCCAUCCCCAGUCCCCAAGUGGUCCCCUUGAGCCCCUGUCAAUAGCAGGGGACCCACCUGGACCAGUGUUGCUGCAGGCAGAGGAGAGGUACGAGGAACCCGAGCUCCUGGCUGGACAGGAAUCCCCACUCCCUCUGGCCACCAGGGAGGCUGCCCUACCCGUCCUGGAGCCAAUCCUGGGGCAGCAGCAUCCGGCACCCCCUGACCAGCCCUGUGUCCUCUUUGUCGACACCCCUGACCCUGGGCAGGCGCUGCCUGCCAAGGAGGGGGCCAUGACCCUGGCCCGGGCUGAGACCACCCAACCCAGGACAGAGGUUCAAGACCCCUGUAGGGUGUCCCCUGAGCCUGCAGGCCCUGAGAGCAGCUCCCGCUGGCUGGAUGACCUCCUGGCUUCACCACCACCCAGUGCAGGAGGUGCAAGGCGGGGAGCCGGAUCCGAGCGGAAGGAUGCACAGACCCCAGGUGCCUGCUCUGAGGGACUCCUUGGAUGGGCCCAGAAGGAUCUGCAGAGUGAAUUUGGGAUUGCAGCAGACCCACAUCCCAGCCAGUUCAGUCCUUCCAGCUGGUCCCAAGACACUUCUCAGGACUAUAGCCUUGGGAGUACAAGCCCUAGAGGGGACCUGGGCCUCAGAGAGAGGGACUGGACCAGCCAGUGUGGGCAGGGAGUGGGGGAGGGGAGCUCUAGGGAGUGGGCCAGCAGAUGUGGCAUCGGCCAGGAGGAGAUGCAGGUCAGCCACCCAGAUGGGAGUGGAGCGUCUGCCCCAGGAGGGCUCAUGGGCCAGGACUGGGAGAUUGGAAAGCCAGCCCAGCCAGGCACUCCGCAGGGCCAGGAGGUGGACGUCCAGGCCUGGGAGUUCAGAAAGAGGGAUUCCCAGGGCUCCUACUGCAGCCGGGAUGUGGCACUCCAGGACCAGGAAUUCAGGAAGAGAGAUUCUCUGGGUACUUGCAGCAGCCGAGACAUGGGCCUUCAGGACUGGGAAUUUGGGAAGAGGGAUUGUCUGGGUGCUUACACCCGCCGGGAUGAAGACGAGCAGAGCCAGAAACCGGGGAAGAAGGACCAGCUUGGGGGGUACAGCAGCCAGGACGCAGACCAGCAGGACCAGGAGUUUGGGAAGAGCGAUUCUUCCCUGAGCGUCUACAGCGGACACCGUGCAGAGCAGCUGGACCAGGAUUUCGGAAAGAGCGCUUGGAUGGGGAGCUACGGUGGCAGGGGCAGCCCCGAGGCCCUUGGCUCCCAGGACAGAAGCUGCGGAACGAGAGUCCUGAGUGUUGGCUUCAGCCCCGAGGAAGCCCAACAGCAGGACGAGGAGUUUGAGAAGAAGCUUCUGAGAGGCAGAGACAGCCCGGGUGAGGCCAGCAGAGAUGCAGGCUGGCCUGAAAAGACCGAGACUGGGGGCUUGUUCGGCCCCAGCAGCCCCCAGUCGCAGGAUGGGGCCCUGGGACAGAGAGACCGGAGCAGCUGGCAAGGCGGUGGUGCCAGCCAGGAGGUUGGAGGGCUGCGGGGAAGGCAGCAGGCAGGGGACCUGAGCCCCGGCGAUGCUCACCAGGAAGACAGGGGAGUGGGGCAGCGAGGCUGGGCCAGCGACUUCAGCCUCGGUGUUGUCCCCCAGCCAGAGGUGGCCUUCAGCCCGAGGCCGCCAGAGUGGAGCAGCGACUUCUCUAUGGAGGCUGCCGAGAGGAGCCUUCAGUUUGGCAUCAUUGGCAAUGACAGAGCGAGCGGUGCUGGCCUGAGCCCUUCCUGCGAGAUGGGAGGCGGCCCCUUUGUUCCUCCUACGGAGACCUUGGCUGGGACCAUGGACUGGAGUGACCAGCUGGGCCUUAGGAACUUGGACGUGUCCAGCUGUGUGGGUUCUGGGGGCUCGAGUGAAGGCAGGCAGGAUGCCGUGGGACAGAUGGGCUGGGCAGACAACCUGGGCUUGAAAGAUGUGGAGCCGGCUGGCCGUCUGGAGACAGGAGGGUCUGAGGAGCCCAGGGGAACUGGAUUUGGGGAGAAGGACUGGACUUCGGAGGUCGGGGUGAGGGGCAGAGAUCUGGCCGCUGCAGGGGAGGUAGGAGGCCACGGCCACGCUAGAGAGAGUGGCGUGGGACAGACCGACUGGUCAGGUGUGGAGGCGGGAGAGUUCCUGAAAUCCAGGGACCGUGGGGUGGGUCAGGCCAACUGGACACCUGACUUGGGGCUGAGAGACAGGGAGCUCGGGGCGGGCCAGGGGCACUGGGGUGACAGUCUGGGCCUGAGGAAUUUGGAGGUGCCCCGUGACUUCGAGUCUGAGGGUUCUCAGGGGCCGCGUGGAUGCGGAGUGGGGCAGAUGGACUGGACUCAGGACGCGGAGCUCCAGGAUGCCGAGAGCCCGGGUGCACCUAGUGAAGCCAGAGAGCAUGGGGUGGGGGAGGUCAGCCAGUCCCCGGAACCAGGCCUGAGGAACACUGGCGUCUCGUCCCCUGGCCUGGACGCCAGAGAGCCCUCAGGGGCCAGGGAGCUGGGAGUUGGUGAGACAAGUGGGCCAGAGACCCAGCGCCAAGACCACACCUUGCCUUCCGUGGAGACCUGCCCUGAAGACCACGAAAUGGAUGUAGGGGAAUCCCCCGGCUUUCGAGCCAGCCUUGGUGGAUGCCCAGCCCGCUCCUCGCCCUCUGGCUCCCAGGCCCUCUUGGAGGCAACGCUGGCUGCCAGCAGCUCCAAGGCAGCGGCCCGUCGGGAGUCGGCAGGCUCGGGCCCCAGGGACCUGUUGGAGGAGGAAGGGGCCACAGCAGGUGCUGACCAGGGAGAGUCUUUGGAGCCUGGCAGGGACCCUCUGCCCUCCUGGAGGCCUCAGCCUGAUGGUGAAGCCAGCCGGACAGAAGAGGUGGAUGGCACCUGGGCCCCUGCUGCGGCCGGGCAGAGCGAGCAGGGCUCGAGGCAGCUCCCCCAGGGCCCGCCCACCAGCUCCCCCAGUCAGGAUUUCUCCUUUAUCGAGGACACUGAGAUCCUCGACAGUGCCAUGUAUCGGAGCCGUGCCAACCUGGGGCGCAAGCGUGGGCACCGGGCCCCGGCCAUCCGGCCCGGGGGGACCCUGGGUCUGUCAGAGGCGGCAGAAUCGGACUCGAGGCUCUUCCAGGACUCCACAGAGCCGCGGGCUUCGAGGGUGCCAUCUUCAGAUGAGGAGGUGGUGGAGGAGCCACAGAACCGCCGGACGCGGAUGACCAAGGGGCUGAAGGUCAACCUCUUCCCUGGCCUGAGCCCGUCAGCCCUGAAGGCCAAGCUGCGCUCCCGGAACCGCUCAGCUGAUGAGGGGGAGCCGACAGAGAGCAAGUCGAGCCAGAAGGAGUCCGUGAUCCAUCGCUCCAAGUCCUGCAAGGUCCCGGGGCUGGGCAAGCCCCUCGUGUUACCUCCCAAGCCAGAGAAAUCCUCAGGGUCAGAAGGAUCAUCGCCUAACUGGCUGCAAGCCCUGAAGUUGAAGAAGAAGAAGGUCUGAGAAGUCACUGAGGUCCUUCCCAUCUGGCAGUCUCAGGCAGUGCCCAUCCCUGUGGGGUCCCCAGCGAGGAGACGGCUGAGCCCCACCAUGCCCCAGGCUGCAGCCUCUGCCCCCUCCACCUCUGAGGGGCGUCUGGGGAGGCACAGUUAUGCACUUUGUAUCAUCUUCCCAACUUCCCCCACACCUCCCCUCCCAGCCCGCCCCUAGUGGUCCAAGGUCUUGGUCCCUCCCGCCCUCCCUCGCCCUCUUCCCGCCUCCCUCUCUGCUUCCUCCCCCAGCCUCCUUGGGUUUUCUUUUGAUACCAGUUUAUAGCAUUUUUUAUAAGAGCCUUUGAUUUUUGUAACGGGCCGAGCCCAGCCGCACCCCAGGUCUCCCUCCACCCUGCCAGGUGCCCCACAGAGACCGAAAACAUUUUGCCACUUGAAACAAUAAAGUUUUUUGGGAAUUGGU